AUGGCAGCUGACCUCUCUGCCAGAGGUGAGGGGAUGGUGAAGGCGUGGGUGGUUCUGAUGACUGCUGAGUGGGUGCGUGAAGUUGUCUGGGCACUUGGCUUGGCGUUAGAUCUGCGGCAGAUAUUGCAGUCCAUUCUGGAUAUGUUUCUAAAAAUAGAACAGUUCUCAUUGGCCGCUGGGGACGAGGGCCAAUCGGAUGGAAUGAAAUACGAUUCGGAGAUCUACGAAUUGUGCAG